AUACCCAAAUUCGACGAUCGAUUUGCACGUCAGAACCGCUGCGAGCCUCCACCAGAGUUUCCUCUGGCUUCACCCUAUUCAGGCAUAGUUCACCAUCUUUCGGGUCCCCACAUUUACGCUCUUACUCAAAUCCAUCCGAAGACAUCAGGAUCGGUCGAUGGUGCGCCCCACGAGGGGGCUCCCACCUCCGUUCGCUUUCACUUCGCGCACGGGUUUGACACCCGAACACUCGCCGUCCGAGCCGAAGCGCGUUCCUCGGUCCGGGCUGGCCGCAUUGCACCCCUGGCUAUAAGGUGCCCCGGAGGGCACUACAUUCCAGGGGCCUUUGACCGGCCGCCCAAACCGACGCUGGCCCGCCCACGGGGAAGUACACCGGCA